AUGUUUUACCCACCAAGCGAGGAUACGUAUCUUAUGGAAGACGCCCUUAGAGAAAGACCCGAGACAGGCGUCAAGUGCAUUGUAGAGGUGGGCUCGGGCUCUGGGUACAUAAGCAAUGUUCUCAGCAUGCUCUACCCAAGCGCGCACGUUAUAAGCACCGACAUAAACCCGCAUGCAACAGAGGAAACGCGCAGGGCGUGCUGCGCCAUCAAUGCAACGGCCGUUCGGGCUUCGAUGGUAGAAGGCAUCAAAAAGAAGAUAGACAUGGCGGUGUUCAACCCGCCGUACCUGCCAAGCGAGCAGAAGUAUCUGCACGGAGACUGGAUAGACAGGUCCUGGGCAGGAGGCGCAGACGGGAUGGAGAUAACAGACAAGUUUUUUGCGGAAACCAGCCACAUUCCAGUAAGAUACGUUGUUCUGUGCCAGUACAACAACCCGCGCAACGUAGAGGCCCGGCUUAUGCGGGAAGGAUACUCGGUGCAGACAAUUAAGCAGAAAAAAGUUCUGAACGAAAGGCUGCUUGUUAUACGGAUAGAAAAAGCCCCGGAGCCUUAG